AUCAGUUGUGUAGGAGAAGGGCUCUGUAUCACCAUGAUCAGAAGACUGGCUGCUUUGAUUCUUCUCAGUACAUUGUCCUUGGUUCAAACUGCAGAUCUUCCUCACCAGGUCUCUUGGACUGUGCUUGAACUUGGUGAUAAUUUUACUCUGUCAUGUACAUUCAAUGAAAAGGAAGUCGGGUUGUUUUUCUGGUAUAAGCUGAAGUUUGGCUAUAUGGUCCAAACUGUUGCAGAAGGAACUUAUAACAAAAUAUCACUUCAAGAACAAUUUGACAAGUCAAGAUUCUCAGUCACAAAAGUGAACGCUCAGUAUGUUCUUGACAUCAGAAAUGUAAGCAAAGAAGAUGAAGCAACAUACUUCUGUCAAGCAGGAGCGGCAUACAGAAUGAAAAUCAUAAAUGGAACACUUCUGGCUGUGAAUGACUUUAAAAAUCAGAGAUCUAUCUACGUGAAACAAAGUCCGGAGACUGAGUCGGUCCAGCCGGGCGACUCAGUGACUCUCCAGUGUUCACUUCUCUCCAUGAACAAAGAAAACAGAGUCCAGUGUCCAGGUGAACACAGUGUGCACUGGUUCAGAUCCGGAUCAGGAAAAUCAUCUCCAGGCAUCAUUUACACUCAUAAUGAUGAACAAGAAGAAAGAAGUUGUGUCUACAGUCUGUCCAAAACUAUACAGAACUCCUCUGAUGCUGGGACUUACUACUGUGCUGUGGCCACAUGUGGAGAGAUCCUGUUUGGUGAAGGAACCAAAGUGGAGACAAGACCAGAACUGUACACACUCCUCAUUGUGGUUGGGACGCUGCUGGGCUGCUGUGUAAUUGUGAUUGCAGCUCUACUUAUCUCCAGAAAUCAAAAGCCAGUUUAUAAAGAUUGCAAAGGAGAAGCUUCCAAUCAUGUUCAACAUGACAGAUCAGCUGAGGAUCAACCAAGCAAUGUAGAUGGUGAAGCAGCAGUGAACUAUAUAGUGCUGGAUUUCCCCUCAAGAGGUGCUAGAAGAUGGAAGAAUAACAGGGAGUUACCACAGGAGUGUCUGUACUCUGGCACAAGAGACCCUGAGUGAAGUGAAGUCACCAAGAAGAAUGAACAUCUUCAUAGAAUGCUGCAGGAAGGAGUCCUAAAACCCGGGAAUGAGAUCAUCUUAGAAUAGAGACGGCAUUUAUGUUUUGUGAUUUUGUCUGGAUGAACCAAGAAUAUGUAUUUAUCAUUAUUCAUAAUAUAAUUUUGCUUCAGUAUUAUUUGUGAGAUUACUCAAAAUUUGAAUGAAAAAAAGAAUGUGAAAAAACACGUAUUGCCUUUAAAGAGAAAAUCCAAAUGUUCUUUACAUUGUGAUAUUAGACAUUUUUGUCUCUCAUAAUAUGUUUUGUUUGAUAAAAACACCUGCUGUACAAAUCAAUUUUUUUCAGUUCGACACAAUGUGUGGUUUAAAGUUGCUAGACCUGCAAAAAGCUUUUGACGCAUAUCUAUUUGAUUAGAGUCUUGAAUCAAAGACUGUUGGCUGGAUGGCACCACUCUUACUGUAGCUUGCUGAAGUCUUAUUUAUUAGGAAGAAAAGUAUCAGAAAGUAGAAGUUAGUGGAUGCUAUGCCCAUGAAGUGGAAAUGGGAGAAAUGUCGCUAUGUAUUAGGGUCAAUAGAUCACAUCCAACACAAUGGGAACACAAUGAGUCCAAUUUUGGUGAAUAGGGAAGUCAAAAGCACAAAGUGUAGUAUAGUAUCCAUCAGCAGAACUUCCCUGUAGAUGUCAACAACAACAAUUUAUUUUCUUCGACUUCCUGCACCUGUAGGUUUUGCUUUGUCAGCAUGUCUAACAGGCAAAAACUUCUAUCGUGGCAGAAGUUCAUAACAUGAAGUCUGUCUGGUCCAUUUCAGUAAUUUCAUUCCAGAGGUGGCUUCUCAGAUCCGUGUCCUAGGAAUACAUUGGUAUCAACUGAGGUAGACCUCCGUCUGAGGAAGCUUCCAGGUUGGGGAGGGAAGACAUUCAAAACUUGGUUAGCUGAGAGUACUCCGGCUAAAGAGCUCCAGCGGGGAGAGCGGGGGUCCGUUGCAACAGUGACCUUUUAGCCAGUAAAAAAGCAACUAUGCCUAAACCAUUCACCAUGCUCAUACUCAGCCACACCCUCUUCACGUUCAACCUCAAAGUGUAGACCUUCUGACUAUUCCUCAUAUUGUUUUCACAGUUUUGAAAUCUACAGUGUGUAAGUACAUUUUUGGCUCUAUGGUAUUUUUCUUCCACCAUACCCAUUUUCGUUACGCCACAAACAUAUUGUUGUUUGUUGGUAUCUAGCACAGGAGUCCAAAGUGUGUCUGCUCUCCCUGGGCUGAAAAUAGAAUCAUUUUACAAAUGUUUCCUUUUCGGAAAUAAAUGUAUGAGCAAGUGACAUUGUUAUUAUAAGGUGUUUAAAUUUAGACUGCAUUUUAAAAACAUUUUUUUUAGCCCACAACAAGGUGUCCUAAAACGACCCUACCCACACAGGAUUUGGGGGAAAUGCACUCCUUGUUCAUUUCACAAAAUUGUGCCUUUCACAUUUGGGUUUGGCUCUAAGAAACCUGCUAAAUUGUUAGCAGACACUUAUACGUAUCGUUUCAGGGAUCAAAUCAUCUUCAUUACUGUUCACGUAGUCUGUGUGUAACGGAAGGUUAUUUUGGGUCGAUACAAAAGGGUCCCAACCGACCCCUCUCUCCCGUCUCCUCACUAUGGAAAUCUAGCACUUCAGAUUUUUGUUGUUUUGAGUAUUUGUAUGUCACAUCAUGACCAGUCCCUGAGUAUAAACUAAAACUGUGGUGGAAAUAUCCAUGUUAAAAUGAAUUAAGAAUGCCAAAAGAAAAAAAAUUCCAUCAGCUUGAUAUUAUUGAAAUUCAGCCCAUCGCCAUCUUAACUUGCAGGCCACCAACAGUUACUUCAGUUUCACUUCUAUUAAAUCUAUUAGUCAUACCCAGAGGGGGAUUUCUUUAAAAUGUGCAGUAUGCCCAUAAAUCUGGAUUGUAUGUGUUAACAGAUCAGCAUGUUUCAUUAGUAACACUAGAAUUAGUAAAAAUUAUAAAAGUACUGUCAUAUAUUGUUAUUUGAGUCUACUGGGUUAUUUCUUUUAACAGCUGUUUCUACCAUGUUGUUCUCAUUUUUUUAAGACAGUCAACCAGUGAGUCACACGGAAAAAUACUGUAUUAAAGGUUAAAUGUCAAAGCGUUAAUUUCACUGUCAGUUUGCUAUCUCUUCUUAUGUAUGUAUUUAUUAAGAAGGAAGC